AUGAGUGAGGCCGAGUGGAUCAAUAUUGCUGAUCGAUCACUUCUCUUUUGUGCUGAACAGCUGCAGAAGAUUGACAGUGUAAAAGAACAACUGCCACGUCUACAGGAGGACUUGAAAAGUAUCAAAGACCUCUUAAAAGAUAAACAAGAAAGAGAAGGCUACGAUGCAGUGUAUUAACAUGGAUCAACUUCUGAAACGCAUCAAACCCUCUGAGUUUUCGUCGUACGAAGAAUUUAUUCAAGCUCUUUUAAUAGAAGGCCUUUCUAAUUAUGAUAUGACCUUUGAUCAACUGAAUUAUAAACUCUAUGCACUGAACGGAACUAUUUUUGACGAAUUGUCAACACGCUCCAUUACUUAUAACAAAAUCUUUGCUCCAAAAAUUUUCUCAAGGGACAUGAACAUGUUCAGGCAAUGACGUCACUGUUUAGGCAAGGAACACUCUAUAAAAUAGAACGACGCUUGAUAAAGUCAGACGUAGCAUCAUGUUGGGUGUGCAACCGUUUACGAUUAUCACUGGUGGCGCACUUGGUGUGGAAUUGGAAGCUGAAAAGUUAGCAAGAGACCAUGGUUUAACUGUACAAGUCAUAAUUCCACCUUGUCAUCCACGAAGUAAAACAGUCCCUCCAUUAACAAUCACUCAACUAGCCGAAGCAAUUCCCAUCAGAUUGCAAGUCGCUGCUCGCCUCAACAAACAACAAACACAAAAUCCUGUCAGUUUACAGUAUAUUCACUGA